CAUUGCAAGAACGCGCGCGGUUUUUUCGUUUCUUAUGCAUUUCUUCUCACUUGCUUUUUGGAAUCUGACCAUUCUUUAAAUCAAACAUUUGUGCUUUUCUGUGCCAAAACAACAACAUCAAAACCUAUUUCGAUGUUUAAAGCCUAUAUUGGGGACUCGCUUUCCAAAAACCUCAGCCGCAUUAUCAGCCCAGAGCUGAUAAUGCAGAUGAAUUAUGCGGGCUGUAGACAAAAGGAAGGGUUCUCCACAUUUGCUGCGUUGAACGCAGUAAUGUACGAAUCUCAAAAGAGGGAAGGCUAUAGGCAUGAAGAUUUUAUAAAGGAUAUUCGAGCCGCCUUUACCCGACAAAAAAACCGGGUCUAUAAGGACGCUAGCAAAAGAAAGGCGACGACGAGCAAAGACAAAGGACCGGACAAGGACAACGAUUUGGACAUCGAUAUUGAGGAUGAGGAAAUCGAGUAG